AUGGCAAGACAUCUGGUAACAUUGAUCUUAGAAUGGUAUUUCUGCUCAAUUAGUUUGUCAUUGUACAAUAAAUGGAUGUUUGAUCCAAAUAAAGGGAUCUAUGUACCGUAUCCUAUAUUAAUUACUUGUUUUCAUCAAUUCACAUUAUACAUACUUUCAAUGGUCUUCAUAAAAUUAAAAGGUAUCAAGAAGAAGACUAAUAAAAAAGCAGGUACUACCAAGAAUAUUGACUGGGGGUUUUGGUUCAAGUUUAUUUUACCAACUGCAAUUGCAUCCGCUGGUGAUAUUGGUUUAUCCAAUGUUUCCUUUAAAUUUGUGCCUUUAACCAUAUACACAAUUUUAAAAUCUGCUAGUAUUGUAUUCGUUUUAUUAUUUGGUUGUCUGUUUAGAAUCGAAAGAUAUCAUUGGAAACUAUCUUUGGUCACCUUAGGUAUGUGUUUGGGUGUAUUUCUAAUGGUAUACAAUCCAGACUUGACUUCCAAGGAGUCGUAUAAAAAUUCCACGGAUCCAGAAACAAUAGCCUUUGGUUCAAUGUUAGUACUAAUUACAAGUUGUUUGUCAGGUUUUAGAUGGGUUUGCACUCAAAUAAUUCUAAAGCACACUACUAAAUCUACUAAAAAAUCAAAUCGUAAGCAUUCAAGCAGCAAAAAUUAUUCCAAAUCUAAGAAACAACAUCCAAUAUUAACCAUUAGACAAAUGUCACCAAUCGUUGGUACAGUUCUUUUGAUAACAUCGCUAAUAAUUGAAAAGCCAUUCCCUGACUUUUUCCACCUAAGAUUAUUUCAAAACGGUUUGGCUGAAAACAACAUACCAGAUGUCCCAAUAUAUGAUUCUUGGUCAAUAUUUAAAGGUGUUGUACUUUUAAUAAUACCAGGAAUAGAAGUAUUUGCAAUGACAUUAUGUGAAUUUAGCAUCUUACAAAUUUCUCAAGUUCUAACAUUAUCUAUAGCAGGCAUUGCCAAAGAAGUUCUUACUGUGUUGCUAAGUAUGUUGGUAUUGGGAGAAAGAAUUCAUGGAAUACAAGGAUACAUCGGUAUGUGCAUAAUUCUAUUAGACGUUCUCUAUUAUAAUUACUUUAGAUUCACUCAGAACAAACAUUCAAAGAAAGAAAAAUUGUCAGUUGAUGACAGUAAACUAUAA